UUACAAGAUCUUUAUGGUUCAUCGACUGUCAGGUGUUGUUGCCAUGACAACCCAUAUUGUGAGUUUUUUUUUAUGCUCUUGAGACAGACAGACAGACGAGACGGCAACAGCGGAAAGAAAAGAUUGGUUUAACCUUCUGCCAGACUUCUAGCUAAAUAAGCUCCAAACUGAAAGUCUGAUAUGGAGGAGACUGCUACGACGGAGGAAGCCGUGGAGUUAAAAGCCUCUAGCGAGGCCAUCGCCUUUCUGUCCAGCAUACAGGCUGCGGAGAUGCAGCGGUGUCUGUUUGAAGACUCUCUGGUGACAGUGUCCGAGGGGGGCAGAGAGCUGGGAGAGUUUAAGGUGACUGUGGAGAGGACCAUUUGCAGGGAGCAGCCUUGCCUGCUGCUGCAUGCACACAGCCAUGGAGCUAUUGACAACACUCCCUGUGGUACAGCCAUCACUGCCUACCUUUCUUUGAACCUGGAGACCCUGGAGCAAAACCACCACGAGUACGUCAAGCUUCAGGACCACCGAUUGGACAGGAAGUGUCACAUGGUCCAGCAUGAUGGACAGCUGGUGGUGAGCAAAAUCACCACUGUGGGAGAGGAGAUUAGGAGGCAGACCAUGUCGUACCCUCUGUCCUCUGUGAAGGGGUUAGUGUCCGAGGGCUCUAACCUGCUGCUGCUGAGGGUAUUCGCUCUGAGGAAGAAUGUCCCGGAAAACAUGACCUUCCUCUCCUUCGACCAGGACACACACAUAUCCACCUCCACAUAUAAGGAGCUGGGGUGCAGGCAGCAGACGGCGGGAGAGGAGGUGGUGGAGGUGUUUGGGGUGGAGAGGACGGUCGACUCGGUGGAGGACAUCCCAGCCAUGUGGCACUGCUACUUCCUGCCUGACGGGCAUCUGGCUAGCCGAGUGCAGGUGGGCUCUCCUGUGACCAUGAGGCUAUUGCUACUCCCGCUCCAAACACACACAGAGGUGAGGGAUGAUAAGCCUGUGUUUGAGAAGAGGUCUCUGGUCUGGGAGGAGGACAUGCAGAUGCACUCCAUGUUCCUGGACAGAAAGGAGGAGUUGAAGGCGGAGCAUGCCUCCUACCUGCGGCAGCACCCGGAGCUCCGCACUAUGAUGGCUGACUUCCUGCAGUUUUUGUUACUACGGAAACCGAGCAACAUAUUUGUGUUUGCCCGCGAAUACUUCUCCCCAUUCGCCUCCCUCCAGCCCCCGGGGAGCACCUUCAACACCUCCUCACCCUGAGGAUGCGUCUCAACAGUAUAAAUAGCUUCCUCUCCACUGAUCUGAGACACGUAUGGGAUAGGUGUAAGCACUGUGAUGUAGGCUUGCCGUGCCUACUAGAGAUUUGAAUUCACUUGUCCAAUUAUUUUAUGUCAGUUCAGAUGGAGGAAAGGGAAUGAAGAGAAGAAGCCUCUUGAGAUUCAGCCCAGUUCUCUUUAAUAGGUUCUGUCUUUCAUCUUUUUUUCUUUUUUUUGCCCCUUUUUCUCCCCAAUUGGUAGUUACAGUCUUGUCCCAUCACUGCAACACCCGUACAGACUCGGGAGAGGCGAAUGUCGAGAGCCAUGUGUCCUCCGAAACACAACCCCGCAAAGCCGUACUGCUUCUUGACACAAUGCCCGCUUAACCUGGAAGCCAGCCGCACCAAUGUGUCGGAGGAAACCACGUACACCUGGCGACCGUGUCAACAUAUAUGCGCCCGACCCGCCACAGGAGUCACUAAAGCGUGAUGGUGACGCGAUUGUGCACAGCUUCACGGGUCUCCCGGUCGCAGCCAGGAAUCGAACAAGGAUCUGUAGUGACACAGCUAGCACUGUAAUGCAAAGCCGUAGACCGCUGGGAGGCCCUCCGUCUUUCAUCUCUUGAGGGACGACUGAACUAUUUAUUGGUGGUUUUUGCAAUAAGGCAGAGCAGUGGUUAUGAAGGAAAUAAGAUGAGGAAAGGGAGCACUUGUAAAUUAUUGGGACAUAGAUAAGGAAUUCCAGGAGCUCAUUUUCAGCUGUGUGUGUGUGUGUUGUCAUUUUAAAUUUCAAUAAAGCCUAAUGUUUUAUUUAAGCAAAAUGUGCGUUGGGUUAAUUACGUUUAAUAUAAAAAGGCCCUAUAUUCUCUGUACCCGGAAGAGAGAUGACUUGACAAUUUGAGAGUACAGAGUUUUUUCAAUGCGUCAUGUUACUGUAGAACUAAUGAGCGUGCAUUAUAAUGACGUACUGAUACUCCAAUCUUCAAACCGAAAGAACAGGACAGCCCGUCCAAGGAGUGCGGUGGCAGCGAUAUUUCGCCCCCCCAAAUAUAUAACCUACAUACGGUAUAUUGCAACAGUUGUGUGAAUAGUCUCCGCGGUUUUCUUAUUAAGUAUGUUCUGUCAGUGUCUCAUCUACUGACUACGUGGUGGUUAGUACAUUUGUAGAAAUCGAACCAAGGUGAGUUUUAUCCGCUCUUUUAAAACGUUAUUUUAUGUCGCUUCUCAUGACAACAGUCAACGGCUGUAUUACUGUUGAAUGACACGUAUAUUUGAUUAAACAUGCUGUAAACAUUCUUUGCGAAUUACGAUGUUUGUCACUAAAAUUACAGACAGAGAGGAAGAGGCGAAGCGAGAGGUUUCACUCGACAAGAUAUGUUCAAAAUAAUCCCAAUGCGUUUUAGAGGUUUAUUUUGGGCCUAAAUUUGUCGCCUGCCUUACCGCCUUUGGGACAACGACUCACAUUUUUAGUGCGGAAACGAGUAUUUCGUCAUUAUAUAAAUAUCUCACAGACACCGUACUUUCCAAGUCUGCGCUUUCCCGGUGCGGUGUUUGUUGCUUAUGCCAACAUGAAAUGUUGCUGCUUUGUUUCUCUGACAAAGUGGCGGUUGGUGCAGUUUAAGAUGGAGGAGGAUAUUUUUUUUAAUGAGCAUGGCCUUAUUUAUAUUUGUUAUAUAAAUAAUCUAAUAUAAAGCGUUACUAGCAGACCAAAGCUCUGGUUAAACCGGAUGCCCUCAGAUAACUGGGCCCAGUGUCUUCAGCCAAGUCUAGAGCCUGUGUGCAAUAACAUGAUUAUCCGAAGGACACACAGCUGCCAUCACGCAAAAACUACCCCCCUAAAACUACCCCCUCAGCUCUGUUGUCUCACCACCCCAGGAAACAAAGAUCUUCCAUCGCAAGAACACAUACACCCAGCCAUAAAACUGACCCCCUCUGCUCUCCUGUAUCAGAUUUCCUGACACACAAAUACCUUCUUGAAUGAACACACACCUUACUCCCCCUCUACUGGUCGGGUGCACAGAACAAGAAGACUCUGGUGUGCACAAAUGGGGCUCCUGCUCUGGCAAGAGCAGGUCCGCCUCCAACCCUUUCGGGACCAGUCAGAAGAACAACAGGACAAGACUCCACCUACAUAUUCCAUGUAUAAAACCUGCUGUGACCAAUGUCUAGCUCUCUUUUUCACCUGACUCCUUAUCGGGUUAUAUGAACUAGAUCCGUGCACGUAAAACUGCAGUUCAAGAUAUCUUUGACCAAUAAACUGCCUUUUUGAUACACCUGA